AUGCCAGUGUUCUUCAUGUCUGUAAGGAAGGAAUCCAAUUUACCCUUUGUGGAUACAGAAAUCUCUAAACCAGUGACCACGAUUGAGUGA